AUGAGCAAGAAAGCGGCCGAACGCGCCAUGGCAGAAGCCGGUGUCACUCCGAAGGAUGUCAAGGUGUGCGAACUGCACGACUGCUUUUCGACAAACGAGCUUCUACUUCUUGAUGCGCUUGGUUUCUCGGAGCCAGGUAAGGCCCACGAGAUGGUUCGCCGCGGGGAUAUCACAUACGGUGGUCGCGGCCCGGUCAUCAACCUUCUGGUGGACUCAUUUCAAAGGGACACCCCCUCGGAGCGACUGUUACGGGGCUGGGCUACCAACCGGUUGGUUAAGGGCACUGACGUUGCUUUGCAACAUAAUCUGGGUCUUGGUGGUGCGGUAGUCGUGACCGUGUACAAGCGGGCGGAUGGACAGAGUAACCCAGCUCUUUCCGAUGCAGAGGUCCGACAAAAGUCUGCGCUUGGCUAUAAUCCCGCGGUGGAGGCACGCUAUGUUAGACCUCAGGAUGGGGAGAAGGUUCGGAGUCGGACGCGACAUGACCAUCCUCUGAAGGAGACGGUGGGCACCCUGGCCGCACGCAUUUAG